UGUGCGAGCGCAAGCAUGAUGGAGGACCAGGGUGCUAACGGAGUAGGGGCUGUCAGGCUUCCUUUUAAAAUCUCUUAUGGAGGGUGUCGAAAGGCGGCAAUUGCUGAUUCAUUUGACGAUUUACUUAAAAAAGCAUGCGAGAAAUUUGAUGUCAGCAAUGGGAAGAUACACCUUGAAGAAGAUCACACAGAAAUUGAUGAGGACUACUUCACCUUUUUGUCACUACAUCAGGUCCUUGAGCUUGAGGUUGAGAAUGUAGACAGUCCAAAUCCAAGUCAGAAAGACACUUUGCCACUUGCACGCAGAGCCUCUGUAAUCACAGAACCAUCUGAUUUUGAUGUUGAAGAAGUUCAAAAAGUCAUAUUCCUUGUGAUUUCAUCAACUUUUUCUGGUGUAUCAACAGCAUCGACACCAACUUCUGUGUCUUGA